AUGGGCAUGAAAAAGAGUGGUCAAAGAGGAAGGAGAGGAGAUGGAUUCAUGAGAGGCAAAAGGUAUGGCGGUGGUGGAAAACCAGAAGAAGAAGAAGAAAAAAGCAAGGAAUUUGAUCCUUCAUCCAUUUUGUAUGUGUUCUGGGAAUAUAUUAAAGAAAACACAAAAGGUAAAGAAAUGGCUUCUACUAAUACUAUGAAUAACGUUGCUACUUGUGAAUUAUGCGGUAAGAGUUGUAAGAUUGAAGUUGCGGAUAAUGAGUGUGGAAUGUUCGCUUGGAUAGAAGAUGAAACCUCCAAGUGUGAAGCUCCUUUUACCCAACCCUUAAGGAGAUGGCGCAUUGAAAGGCAGAGAGAGCUGCGUCGUCUUACUUUGGCAGCUCAUAGAGGUCUACCAGCUCCACCUGCUACACCUGCUCCACCUGCCCCACCAGUUCCACCAGUAGCUCCACCAGCUCCAGCAGUUCCACCAACAGCUCCACCUUCUCCACCUGCUCCACCAGCUCCAGCAGCUGCAGCAGUUCCACCACCAGCUCUAGCAAUUCCACCACCAGCACCACCAGCCUAUGGUGGUGGUACUUUUGAUGAUCCAAUCUUGGUAGACAACAUACCAAGCACUUGCAUUGUCUUGUCAUCAGAUGAUGAAGAAGAUGUGGAAGAGAAUGUUUUUAAAGAAAAGUAUGAUGAAGAAGAAGAUCCAGAAGAAGAUCCAGAGGAAGAUUCAGAAGAAGAUGUAGAAGAGGAUCUUGAAGAAGAUCCUGAAGAAGAGUAUGAUCCAACAGAUGAUGAGGAAGAGGAAGAUACAGAUUGA